ACUCACUCAGAAAAGGUGCACUUGCUUUAUCAUACACCUAUACACAGACACACACACACACACACUUACACACAGUACACAUACACACACACAAACACGCUCACAUUUUGACUUUUUUAGUCUCUCUCUCUCUCUCUCUCUCUCUCUCUCUCUCACACACACACACACACACACACACAGACAGGCGCGCGCACACGCACACAUACACACACACGGCUGUGAGGAUCGUUAUCUGCUCUAUCAUGGCGCAGAACGGGAUUACAGAGAACGGAGAGGCACAGAAUAUGAGUUUGCCACAACCUCAGAAGAUCUCAGAAAUCAAACACACCCAGCUUUUUAUCAAUAACGAGUGGCACUGCUCUGUGAAAGGGAAAACCUUUCCUACAUUCAACCCUGCAACAGGUGUGAAAAUCUGCGACGUGCAAGAGGCUGAGAAAGCUGACGUGGACAAAGCAGUGGAGGCAGCGAGAGUGGCGUUAAAGCAGGGCUCAGCAUGGAGGAGGAUGGAUGCAUCGAGCCGGGGCCGCUUACUGAAUGUGCUGGCUGACCUGCUGGAGAGAGAGCGCAGUCUGCUCGCUACCAUGGAGACUAUGGACACUGGGAAACCCUUUCUGCAAUCAUUCUUUGUUGAUCUGGAAGGAAGCAUCAGAACACUGAGAUACUACGCCGGCUGGGCUGAUAAGAUCCAUGGCAAGACCAUGCCAGUGGAUGAUAAUUUCAUGUGCUUCACCAAACACGAGCCGGUUGGUGUAUGCGGAGCAAUCAUUCCUUGGAAUUUUCCUCUACUAAUGUUCAUAUGGAAGAUCGCUCCAGCCCUGUGCUGUGGAAACACAGUAGUCAUCAAGCCGGCUGAAGAGACACCACUGACGGCCCUCCAUGUCGGCGCGCUUAUCAAAGAGGCUGGCUUUCCUCCUGGAGUCGUGAACAUUGUGCCAGGUUUUGGCCCAACAGCAGGAGCAGCUAUAUCCAGCCACAUGGGCAUCGACAAAGUGGCCUUCACCGGUUCCACAGAGGUGGGUCAGCUGAUCAAAGAAGCGGCGGCGAAGAGCAACCUGAAAAGAGUGACGCUGGAACUGGGAGGAAAGAACCCGUGCAUUGUGUUUGCUGACUCAGACCUGCAGUUAGCAGUGCAGGAAGCUCAGAAGGGAGCGUUCUACAACCAGGGUCAAUGCUGCACCGCUGCCUCACGUGUCUUUGUUGAGGAGAGUGUGUAUGACGAGUUUGUAAGACUCAGCAUUGAAAGCGCUAAGAGAAUCGUAGCCGGUGACCCUAUGGACCCUCGAACAACACACGGCCCUCAGAUUAGCCAGCAGCAGUGUGAUAAUAUCAUGGAGCUGGUGGAGAGCGGGAAAUGCGAGGGAGCAAAGCUGGAGUGUGGAGGAAGCGUAAUGAAGGACAAAUCUCUCUUUAUCCAGCCCACCAUCUUCUCAGACGUCAAAGACCACAUGCGCCUGGCAAAGGAAGAGAUCUUUGGGCCAGUGCAGUGCAUUUUGAAGUUUAAGAGUCAGGAAGAAGUGAUUGACAGGGCAAACAGCACUCACUAUGGCCUGGCGGCAGCCGUGUUCACCCGGAGCGUAGAUCGAGCUCUGAGUGUGUCCUCAGCGCUGGAGGCUGGCACUGUGUGGGUGAACUGCUACAACGCCCUCCAUGCCCAAUCACCUUUUGGUGGCUAUAAGAUGUCAGGGAAUGGACGUGAGCUUGGUGAGUAUGCAUUGGCGGAGUACACCGAGGUCAAGGCCGUCACUAUAAAGCUCAGCGAGCAGCUGAAGAUUUGAGACGCCGUUGUGUAGAGCUGACCCUGGGUGACCUCUCAUCCGCCGUCCAUUUACAAAGCGCUUCAAAACCAUGGUACCUAGGAAUCAAACGGUCUACUCCACGGACGUUAUGUUUUCUUAUAUAUCUUCAAGCUCUUUAUUUUCCAGUCUUUUUUAUUCUAUAUAGAUGUUAUGUACAGAAAAAAAAAAUAUUUGUAUAAUGUUUUUAUUUAAUCUGAACAUCUUUGUUUCUCUUUGUAAAUCUCCAAAAGAUUUAAAAACAACAAAUGUUUGCUUUUGCUUUUUAUGUGGUUAAUGAAUUUCUCCUCCUGCCUCGCUUUAUGCGAUAGACUGGCUAAUAAAAAUGUACACAAUUUUCCUUUCAUUCAAAAUUUAGCCAUUGAGACAAGACAUUCAUGGUAUAUGAAGUUUGCUUCCUGGGUUUGGCCUGAAGGCUAAUAAAGCUAAACUGUAAGAAAAGUUACCAGGUUAGCAUUUAUUUAUUUGUUUAGUUAGACUCACGGUCAAACCACUAUUCAUUUUUUUUUAACUAUAGCUAAUAAUGUUCCAUUAAUCUAACCGUAGGAGAAUCAUUCUCACGGCUUAUUAAAAGGACCAGCAUUUAGAAGGACAGAUUUAUUUUCUGCUUAACUCUGAAUGUAUAUGCAGAUAAUAUGGGAGGAUUUUGAAACGUUAAAUAUAUAUGCAUCUCAUUUACUUUGUCUUUUAAAAUGGCUUUUAACUAUUUAAAAAGCUAUUAAUAAUGCCUACACUUUUGAAUAAAAGCUUUGAAUCAUAUAA